GCUUAAAAUUUAUCACAUGUUGAAAGUGUAGGCAGGUUAUUUUUGAUAUUUUUGAUGAUCAACAAAAUAGAUAUAUAUGAAAGUAAAAAUUAAUUUUAAAAGUUUUUAAAUAAAAUAAAUAUAAGAAUGUUAUUAAUAAAAAUUCAUUCUCGCUCGUGUGUUAAAUACUCGCCGGUAGUGACAUGUAUCAGAAAUUCUCAAAGCGAUACAUCAAAUGUUGCCGACUCUGUUAAAAGUCCAGUAUACCCUCCAAUUUUAGACAUAUCAGUGGUACCGAGAUGGCAAAGAAAACUCGAACUUUGGCACGAGCAAGUAAAACAACUUCCGACUCCAGAGGAAAAAUUAAUAAAAGUUAAUAUGCCGCGUUACUGGGGAUUCAAAUGUCUUAUGGUUCAUGAAGGCAGUGUUUAUUACAACGAGUUACCUCAAGCUCAAUAUAUCACUCGUACGCACAUAAUUGAUAAUUCAUCCCUGCCUUCAUAUUAUGAUAAUUUAAUGUCACCUGAAAAAUUAAACAGUUUGACAGAAAAUCUUAAGCAAUUAAUUGAAGACGGCGUAGCGUUUGAAUUCAGAAACCAAAAUCAAUCUCCAGGACAACAGACGAAAGACACUCCUGAUAAGCCGGAUGAACUUGAUGAUAUUGUAGGAAGUGCUGUAUCCAAACAAGUUAAUCGAUUAAUGUUAUCAGCAUUAGCUAAAGAUUAUCCGCAUUUAAUGGGGAUUGAAAUAGAUUAUGAUCCUAGAAUAGAAGCGGGUUGGUUUUUUGGUGGGAUUAAUAUGACCAGAGAAACAAGAAUAUCGUUGCUGAAAAAUAAACUUGAAGAAGCGUUAAAUGAACCCAUAGAUAGAGAAUUUCAAUAUUUAGGAUCACCGAUAUUUCAACUUAGACAUCAACAUCCAUUAAAAGAAAUAUUAACUAUGGCUGAGUGUGAAAACCCAGAGUUUGAAGUUCCAGUAGUUAAACUUGAUCCAAGAACAUUUGGACAUUAUAUUAAACGACGUCAUCUCACGACUUUACCUGGGUUUUGGCCUGGAGAUCCGAGUGAAUUUGGUUUUAUGUCUUAUCAUAAACGUGGAUAUUUACUAAGAAGACCCAAAGAUUUAAAUGAUGAAAUAGAUGUACUUAAAACACAAGCUGUUUUCAGUAACUAUGCGUGGCUUUUAUCUCAAGCUUGUCAUUUAGGAUUUUCAACUUUCAAUGAUAUCACUUAUCCGUUAGUUAAUCAAAUGAUUAUAACUAAUGGUCAGUACUGGUCAUUUUGUGUUUACCAAUUAAAUACGACGGCUGUCAAUCAACGGAAUGCUGAUGAAAAUCCGAAAAGAAAUCUGUGUUGGAUCACUGAACCGAUCAAGUUGUACGAAAAGGUGGAAAACAAUAAAUUAAUUGGAUUCAACGAUGAAGUUAUCAAAAAUUUGAUUAAAUUUUAUGUAAAUACUCCUGAAGAGAGAGUCGGUGUUGACAUGAAACCCUAUUUGGGUAAAGAAGAACAACGAGUCGCAGACAUACAGGAUAAGGAAAAAAGAAUUUGGCUUGAAAAAAGAUACAAACAUUUAAUGUCAGCAAGACCUAGGCACUUACGGAUGCCUGAAUUAUACCACUGGCAGAAAAUUUAUAAGUUUAUAUUCAAUACCCGACCUUUGGAUAAAAGACGUACCCCUUGGGAUUAUGGAAUCAAUCCGUAUUUACGUAGAUUGGAUAAUCAUUGUCCUGAUUAUAUACCAAAAGCAUUACGCCCUGAAGGAAAAGCGAAAAAAAUUAAAUUCGCUAAGACUUAUUAUCCUAAGUAAAAUAUUAAUUUUCGUAAGUAUUUAAAUAGAUUUUUAUAAAUAUUACUAAGUAUAAUUACCUGAAAAUAAAUAAAUUUUUUUCUUUAUUGUCUAUAUAUAA